GACUGAUGUGUGACGUACUGAUUUGUACUAUUGUACUUAAUCGACCGCCUGCUGUAUUUUGUGGUCUUUCUAGAGGUUAACACGUCCACUUCUUGUUUUCGGUAACUUGUAUCACUCACUGGUGAAAAUAAACGACUGUUUUUUGGCUUAAAUCGCAACGUAACGCAACUGUAGAUAGUUCGUUUGCCGAUUUAAAAUAGGGCGCGAGAUCUCAUACGCGAGUUGGGGAUAGUUUGGGGACACAUAACGUUACAUACAUAUGCUUUCGAUUAGUACUUGUCCAUUCAAAACACCCCUUCAGAACAAUGAUGUGAACUCAUUAAAUCGGCUUUCUUAGCGGAUUAAAAAAUCUGCCAGUGGUCUGGCGUUCAAGUUUAUGGAGGAAUGAAACUCAAAGGUCUACGGAGCAAAGUUGAAAACGGGAUCAUUUGACUCAAGUUUGGAUCCUUCCUGACAUGCUCACAGCCAUGGUGACUAAAGUACCUUUGCGGCUUUCUGAAUGAACGCAUUGUGCAAUGGGGACUCAGAGAAACGGCUUCAGCAAACGAGAGACUUUCAUUCUCUCAGUUGAUGUGGGAACAACCUCCAUCAGGUGCCAUGUGUACGAUAAGAGCGCCAGUAUCAGGGGAUCCUGCUCCACGAAGGUGUCCCUACUUUAUCCUCAGCCUGGAUAUGUAGAGAUUGACCCUGAGGAUCUGUGGAAAGGGUUUGUGACUGUAGUCAAAGGAGCAGUUCAAGACUCAGGCUUACAGAUGUGCCAAAUGGAAAGUCUUGGCAUCUCAACCCAGAGGGCAACGUUCAUAACAUGGGACAGAAACACGGGAAAACCGUUUCAUAAUUUCAUCACCUGGCAGGACCUGAGGGCAGCCGAGUUGGUGAGAUCGUGGAACAGGUCCUGCGCUAUGAAGACGGUACAUGGAGUGAUGAAGAUGCUGCACUUCCUCACCAGACAGAAGCGGUUCCUUGCAGCCAGCCUGGUAGUUUUUACCACCCAGCAUGUGUCACUGCGUCUUGUCUGGGCCUUGAACAAUAUCCCUCAGUUGCGGCAGGCAGUCGAAGACAGCUCCUGUUAUUUUGGGACCAUAGACACCUGGCUGCUGUACAAACUGACUAAAGGGCUUGUUCAUAGGAUGUUGUCUGUGCUCAUAGUGUGUGUGUUGUGUGAUCAUCAGAUGUGCUGGAGUGGAUUUCUUUGCUCACUCCUCUCUAUACCUCUGUCCAUCCUCCCCAGUGUGCAGAACACCAGUCAUAAAUUUGGCACAUGUGAUCCUUCCAUAUUUGGGGUGCCCAUCCCAGUCAUGUCUGUUAUGGCAGACCAACAAGCAGCCAUGUUUGGAGAAUGCUGUUUUGACAUUGGUGAUGUGAAAAUUACUAUAGGCACAGGGACCUUCAUGGACAUCAAUACAGGAAACAAACCACACACGUCUGUAGCUGGCCUUUAUCCGCUGGUGGGCUGGAAGAUUGGUGCUGAUGUUGUGUAUCUGGCUGAAGGUAAUGCUGCUGGAACAGGUGCUGCCAUUAAAUGGGCCCAAGAUCUAGAGCUCUUUUCUGAUGUGAAGGAGACUGAGGCUAUAGCCACUAGUGUGGAAGACUCAGACGGCGUGUAUUUUGUGCCUUCUUUCAGUGGCUUACAGGCCCCUCUGAAUGAUCCUAAAGCUUGUGCCUCUUUCAUGGGCUUAAAACCUUCCACAACCAAGAGACAUCUUGUUCGAGCCAUUCUGGAGUCUAUAGCAUUCAGGAACAAGCAGCUCUUUGAAGUCAUGCUUCGAGAAACCCGUAUUCCUAUCACUAAAAUCAGGGCAGAUGGAGGUGUUUGCACCAAUAAUUUCAUCAUGCAACUCACAGCUGAUCUGUUGGGGCGCAAGAUAGAACGUCCAAGCCACUUUGACAUGUCCUGCCUUGGAGCUGCUUUUGUUGCAGGACUAGGAACAGGUUACUGGAGGAACCAAGAAGAGCUGAAGAAGCUUUUAACCACUGACCAACAUUUCCUUCCCCGAAGGAGUAAAGCAGAUUGGGACAAGGGCGGCCCAUACAGAGGUGUACUGCAGAGCUGGGAGAGGGCUCUUCAGCGCUCUAUGCACUGGUACAGCCAGCUCUGAUUGACCAGAAUACAGGUUUCUUCUGUAAACUCCAUGUUCAUGUCAACAGGUUUAGGGCAGUUCUCUCUGUCACUGAGAAAAACACUUGGAACAGUAUGAUUUCCAAUCUGGAUUUGGAAACCCGCAUAUCAAAGGUUAGUUACAGUUUUGCUAAAUCACGGGGGAUUUUACAGAUUUACAACUUGUUUGUGUAAAUCCAAAUCACCCAGUUGAGAAUCCAGUGGUAUUAUGAUGAUGAAGCGGCAGGCUGCAGCACAAUUCCUACUCGUAGUAUUAUGAUUUUGCCAAUCAAUAAUUUAGUCAUUAGGCACUAACAAUCAAUCAGUGCCUUAAUCCAACUACUGUUUUUUUUUUUUUAAUAUGAACAAAUGAAUUUAUUUAACUCGCUAUGUACCUUAAUGAGGUGCUUUUGUACAAGAGAUCCUCAGUGAGGUGCCUCAGUUACUCAUCUCCCAAAGGAUGACAUCUCACCCUAGAGGAGAAUUGUAAUUAUAUGUAAUUUGUGUUGUUUACAUAGAUGGGAGUAAGUUCAAUUUACCGCUCUUUAUUUUUAUCAUACACUGAGUUAACACAUAGUGCAUCCAUUUUAGUGUAUGGUAAUUUAUACAAGCAUGCAUUAAUGCUGUUGUAAUUUUAUUGUAAUUUUAGUUCAUAUUUUCUAAUUGCAUAUAUAGUCUUGGCAUUAUGUAGGUUAUUUUUUUAUCAAAUGUACCUCAUAAUACAAAAAGAAUGCUGCAAACAUGGAAAACUUGUUACCUGAAGGACUAUAUUUCCUAAUGUUGUUUUUUUUCUUCAGCUUUAAGCAUCCAACCGGCUAUGCUUGUUUGUAUACAAAACUGCAGUGUCACAGAUUGUCACUUUAUACUAUCAACAGUGGCUAGUAAUAGCAUACAUUCAACUGUAGUAAAAAUGUGUAACUGUGAAACUGUAUAAUAUCCUAGGCUUUUAUCAGGAUCUUAAAGAGAGAAUAGACAGAGAAUAUUUGUUAAGAUAAAUGUAUUAAUAGAUUGUCAAAGAACUCAUUGUGCCAUGUUUCAUGUCAGUAUGUGAAAUUUUAAUAGUUUUAAUAAAUUUUCAUUAUGCCAUUUCAGUGUCCUAUUGUGUGCGUUGUCAUGCUAAUAAAUCAAUGGUUUUCAAUCUGAGGUCAGUGGACAAACGUGACAUUUCUGACUACAUAAUUAGACAUUAACUAUGACCUGAUAAACAUUAUAUAAUUCAUGGGUCUAAAAUUGUAAAAGUAAUGUUUUAAUGAAAUUAGAUGGCUGAAGUGCUUGGGCUCCCUAUGUCGUAUAACUGAGUCUGCCGAACAAUGUAA